CGAGGGGUCCGCGGUGCUGGAAUUUGUCAAGGGCAGGUAGCAGUAGCUCUCAUGUUCAGGUGCUUAAAUAGCCUUGCAACAAACAGAACGAGGCAGCCAUCUCCUUCAGUUUGUGCUUGUGUGCCGAUCGAGAGCAAAUGGCAAAUGAUAACCGCAGCCGGGCUUCCGUUCCAGUCGGCAACCCUCCUGCCACUCCAGCUGCUGCUACGGAGGUUAAGCCUCCGGCGGCUGCUCCAGGUAGCGACCCUCCAGCUACGACUCCAGGCAGUGAUUGUCCGGCUGCUCCACCGCAAGGUCCGCCGGGUGAACGAAAGCCCAAGAACGAUCCAUUUCCACCAUUCCCUGAUCCAAUACCUCGCCAGUGAUAGUCGGAAUCCAGUAGUUUCCAUGCUAUAAUGGAUAGAAAAAUCGGUUCAAACGCAUUGGUUCUGGAAUUUUGGUUUCGGAGUCUUAACUUUUUAGUGGAGUUGGGUUCUUAGUAAUAAGUAAAUCGAGCUCCUAUGUGAAGGGUGUAUGGGUGUUAAAUCAUAAUUAUAUUUUGUGAACAGUACAAAAGCAAGUGGAGAAAAGUUUUUUUUUGUGUUUAUAUAUCUUCAUUGAGUACAUUCAAAAUUCCCUGGAAUAGAAGAAGAAACACAAAGUAUCUGCUA